AUGAGCGGAGAAUUCGGUCUACGCCUCACCUUGGGGGCCCUCCUCCUCUCAGGCCUCCGCUCCAACCUUCCCCUCCCACCAGGCCCCAAGCCAUGGCCUCUCCUCGGCAACAUCACUGACCUGCCUCCCGAAGGCCAAAUCCCCUGGCGCCACUGGCUCAAACACAAGUCCCUCUAUGGCCCCAUCAGCUCCGUGACCGUCCUGGGCCAGACCCUCAUCAUCAUCCACGACAGGGAGGCCGCCUCGGAGCUCAUGGAGAAGAGGGCGGUCAAGUACUCUGCACGGCCGACUGGGACAUUUGCGAACGAAAUGUGUGGCUUUGACAUGUUUCUCGUAUCACAACAGCCUGGUCCGAGAUUUCAGUCAUUCCGAAGGCUGGCGCAGACGCAUAUCGGCACGUCAAAGGCCCUCGAGAGGUUCAGCGGCUUGAUGGACGUGGAGGUUGGUAGGCUUCUCGUGAACUUGGUGGACGGGAAGAUGCUGCGGGAGCCUGAUGGUCUGGAGCAUGCACUUCACAUGUCAACGAGCGCCAUCGUGUUGAGGAUCCUAUUCAACUACAGUAUCGAUUACCACUACCACCAGGAGCAUGACAACAACGGCGACCCCCUCACCCGGCUCAACGACCAGGUCAUGGCAAGCUUUUCCGAGGCGAGCCUUCCAGGACGCUGGCUCGUCGACAUGAUCCCCUGGGUCAAGCACGUACCCAAGUGGUUCCCAGGGACCGGCUUCAAGGACUACGCCGGUGCCGCCCUGCUGAACAACCGCGCCAGCGCCGAGGUUCCCUUCCGCUUCGUCAAGCAGACGGCAGCGACGCGUCCUGGACCCUCGAUGGUGGGCGAUCUCCUGCGCGCCCGAGAUGCCGGUUCCGAUGUCAGCGAGCACGAUAUCAAGUACUCGGCUACCUCGCUGCACGCCGGAGGCGUCGAGACCACGACCCAGAUGCUGCAGAUCUUUUUCCUCGCCAUGUCCAUGUAUCCCGAGGUGCAGGUGCGGGCCCAGCAAGAGGUGGACGAGCUGUUGCGGACUUCGGGUGCCGACGGCGGCGAGAAGAAGAGGUUGCCCGGCCUACAGGACCGUAGCAAGCUUCCCUACGUCUCCAGCCUGGUCAAAGAGGUCCUGCGCUGGUUCCCCGUCGCGCCGUUGGGCGUGCCACACCUGGCCGAUGCCGAGGACGAGUACCGCGGCUACCGCAUCCCCAAGAACGCCAUCCUGCUCCCCGCCGUGCAUUGGUUCUCCCGCGACCCAGACGUCUACCACGACCCAGAAACCUUCAAGCCCGAGCGGUACCUGGCCCCCCACAGUGAGCCGGACCCGUCGAGCUUCGUCUUUGGUUUCGGCAGGAGGAUCUGUCCCGGGAAGAGGCUGGCCGACGAGGGUAUCUUUCUUGUUAUCGCCAAGGCGCUGGCAGUGUUGGAUGUAUCCAAGGCCCUCGACGAAGAGGGCAAGGAGAUCGAACCUGUCUUUGGACACCAGUCGUCGGGCAUUGUUGCGCAUGCGCUGCCUUUUUCAGUGAGUAUUGCGCCGAGGAGUGAAGCGCAUGCCGAGCUUGUGAGGGAGCUUGCGGUUGAGCAUCCGUUGGGACAAGGUGAUUCCAAGUCUGUAGAGUCGCUUCUCAACGACUUUCUGCAGGGUGUGUAG